AUGUGGUCCGAGGGCGGAGUCACGCAGGGCUUUGAGUGCAUGCUGGGGGUGUACGGCGACGUCUGCGAGGAGGGGAUCAUUAGGGACGUCAAGGCAUUUGCGCUGCGUUCCGACCUUGGCAUCCACAUGUGCUUCUGCGCGAGCGAGGGCGCGGACGUCCUGUUGUCGGGGGGGUUGGUCUACAACCAGGAGCAGGGUGGUUCGUUCCAGCUCUGGCGCUGCGCUGCCGUUCGGCGCCACCAAACCGUCCCGGCUAUCCGCGGUGCCAGGUGCACCGGCGGUCCGCAACGGCCGCCGUCUCAAUUCGAGCUGCGAGUCUCAGGCAAUCGCGGUCAAGGACGGCGCGCGUUCUUCAGAGGGGACGAAGGAAGUCAUUAG